AUGUUGUCAAUUACACCUAUUUUCAUAGUGAUGUUAACAGCAAAAAUGACAUCAAAUUCUGGCGUCUUUUAUUUCAAUCCCGAAGCUCCUCGAGGGGAACCUAUCUUCCAGUAUUAUGCAGAAAACAAGGCCCAAUGCCUUAGAGCUUGCUACGAGGAAAGCGACUGCGCAGUUGUAGAACACGAUGAGACGGACGAUAACUACUGUAGGCUAUACAAGGAAGGAAAUGGUUCUGUGGAAGCAUACGUACUCUCACGUGAAGCCACUGAUUCAUCGUGCAUGACCGAAACGACUACAACCGACGUACGUUUCCAGAAGAUACCACGUCGCGAAAAUGUUAAGAAGGGGAAAUGCACUAGUACGCAAAAUGUGACUGUAAUCAUGCCUUAUAAACGAGAAGGGCGCUAUCGAUUUUUCGUGCCCGAAUCCUCCAGAAUUCCCUACGACUGGGACCGUAUGAAUUUCAAGCUAACUUUCUCCAGCAAACCAGAACCAACCUGUACUUCCGUUCCUGUCUUCCACAGAGCAGAUUAUCGUCGCCUGUACUUCGGGGAAGUCUACAAUGUUACUGGCUACUACUUUCACAAUGCGUACGCUUUCGCGGACCCUUGCACUCCAGCAGGUGAAUGUUUGGGUAAAGUGGAAAUACAAGAAUACGUGGACGAAAAUGGCGACUUCUUUUACGAUAAGGCUGGAGAAGAAAACAAGAAGAACAAGAGGAACUCCGGUUUGCGUCAAACAUUCUUCAUUGUGGAGAAGAGGCCUUGGUAGUAAACAUUCUAGCUUUGCUGGAUGUAUCCGUCAGCUACAACUGCAUUACACAAGCUUUUGUAUUGUUUUGUUAUUCGCCUGUUUUUGUCUUGAACAAGGAA